AUGUUUGGAGGACGUUCUGAGCACAGCUUCCUCAAGCUUAGAUCCCUUAAGCCAGCAUUCAUGCAAGGGAUUGAUUCGCAGGUCAUUACCCAUGCUUCUGAUUACCUCAAAGACUAUGCAUAUCUGCUGGAUGGUCCUCUGGCAACUGCUGUCGAUGACACAAAGCUCCUUGCAUUCUGGCUGUAUUUUGAUAACAAAAAGAAGAAAUGGUUCAUGGUUGGCGGCACUGAGGGACCAAUGGAGGUCGCCGACAUUGAUCACCUUCAAUCUGAUAUUCGACAAGCAAGUUCAACCAAGGCAACAAAGCUUCAGCUCUGGACCCUCUCAAUUCCACUUCCUCAUGUUCCACCCCUCGUUCUUGCCGCAUCUCCAAUUGCCUUGAAAACAAAUGCAAAAGAGCUUGCCACCAUGGAGGAGAAGCUACUCAAGUUGGUUAUCUCACCGGAACUCAAACUAAACAUUAUCUCUCUUGGGUCUGAUGGGACAAGUGUCGAGCGUGAAGCUCGUCGCAAACUUGUGCGCUCUGGGUUUGCCACAACUAUGAACUAUCAGAUCCCACAUCCAGCUGAUGGGUCAGCAUUUCAUGUAGAGCUUCUCCAAAUUGGUGGUCACGUUAUGACUGUAAUUCAAGAUUCAAAGCACUGUCGCAAAACAGAAAGGAAUGGCUUGCUAUCAGGAGCCCAUAGUCUCAUUCUCGGUUGUUUCCUCAUCUGCUACCAGGAUGUGCAGAACAUUUCCUUUGCUGAAGGCACCCCACUGUAUCGUUGA